GCCACAAUCAAUAUCCAGCUGGCGAUAAACACAGAAAAAAAAAAAAAAAACGAAAACGAAAACAGGGAAAAAGAAGGGCGACUUUUUUCUUCUCCUUUCCGAUUUCCAGAACCACCUCAACCUCUCUCUCUCCCCUCCGAUUUCGAAUAUUUGGAGCCUCCAAAUCUGCAACUCAGUUACCAUACCCCCUCCCUUUGAUUGUAGAUAAUGGCGUGUCGGGGGUUUUGGGAAUGCAUAUUGAAGCUUUUGAACUUCUUAUUGACUCUUGUGGGUCUGGCCAUGGUGGGUUAUGGGAUCUACUUGUUCGUGGAGUACGAAAAGUCAUCUUCUUCUGAUGAUUCGACUGCAAUUGCCCCCAGUAGCGGUGAUAUGAUACAGCUUGGUCGCCCAAUGCUCAUGGCUGUUUCCCUGUCAAGCAGCAUUCUUGAUGACCUGCCAAAAGCCUGGUUCAUAUAUUUGUUUAUUGGUGUUGGCGUGGUUCUCUUUGUGAUAUCUUGUUUUGGUUGUAUUGGAGCAGCAACACGGAAUGGAUGCUGUCUGACUUGUUAUGCAGUAUUAGUGGUAUUGCUGAUCUUGGUAGAACUGGCAUGUGCAGCCUUCAUAUUUUUUGACAAAAGCUGGAAAGAUGAAAUACCAACAGAUAAAACUGGAGACUUUGAUGUGAUAUAUGAUUUUCUGGAAGACAACUGGGAAAUUAUCAAAUGGGUUGCUCUGGGGAUUGUUAUUUUGGAGGCUCUUCUGUUCUUGUUAGCUCUUAUUAUAAGGGCUGUAAACAGACCAGCAGAAUACGACAGUGAUGAUGAAUACAUAGGUGGCCCCAGGCAACAAAACCGACAACCAUUGAUCAACAGGCCUCCGGUUCCCGUUACGGGUGUCCCUGUUGCUGGUGCCCUUGAUCAGCGCUCAAGCAGAAACGAUGCUUGGAGUACACGCAUGAGAGAAAAGUACGGGCUUGAUACAUCCGAGUUUACGUACAAUCCCUCUGAGUCAAACAGAUACCCGCAAACAGCUGCACAGCCAGCAGAGGAGAGGGGUCGUUGCAACAUCCUGUAAUCAACAUCACCAUCAUGUAAUCAAUGUCUCGGUUUUGCACAAAUCUGGAAUUGAGUUGGUUUCCGGGAACUAAUGUUUUCGACUGUUGUGUGAACUUUGUUAUUGACAAUGUCUUGGGUUUUGUCGAAAUUGUCUGUAAAACACAGUUCUCAUGAGCUUUAUUGAUUGUUUCCCUUUUCAUAUGCAUUAUUACCAUUUAGUAUGUAAAAGCUUGUGCUAGUAAUUGAAUUAGAUUUUGUGCCGAGGCA